AUGGCGUCGAAUUCAAUUCUGGAUUUAUUCCGGACUUCUGUUGAAAGAACCCCUUCCCAACUUGCGGUAGACGAAGGGAGCGAUUUCGGCUUGUCAUACCGUCAGUUAGACCUCGAGUCUUCAAGACUAGCCAGUCAUCUCCGCAAUGUUGGCAUUGAUAAACGAAAGCCCAUCCCGCUACUGGCAAGUUCUUGCAGUGAUAUGGUGGUUGGCGUCCUUGGGAUCCUCAAAGCUGGUGCAUCUUAUGUGCCCGUCGAUCGCGCUCAAUGGCCCCAAGAGAAAGUCGACUAUGUUCUCAAGAGAGUGGAGGCAAAUGUGAUUGUAUACACUGGAGACCGGCCUGAUAUCAGGAAUCGGCAGGUCAGGUGCGUUUCAGUUGAAAAAGCAAAAGACUGGGACGCAAGUGACACUGCUGUUUCUCGGUGCUACCAUUGCCAGACAGACACCAUGUGUGUUAUAUUCACUUCCGGGACAACCGACAAACCGAAGGGGGUGGUUUUGACGCAUCAUUCGGUCCUGAAUCUGGUUUCAUCUCCACAAUUCAAUUUCGGAGUCUUACCGGGUGAUCGCCUGCUUCUUGUACUAUCGAUCGCGUUUGACGCUUUCAUGGGCGCACUUUUCAGCACCCUUUGCAACAGCGGUACAGUGGUUCUUGGAAAUCCCCUCAAUCUGCAAGAUCGUGCAGACACAGCCAACAUCUUUGCUGUCACGCCCUCCAUCCUCGAUGCUUUGACUCCGCCAAGUGCUCAUUGCCAUUACCCCAGACUUCAAAGAAUUGUGUUAGGGGGAGAAACUCCCUCGCAGAAGCUCAUCACAGACUGGCGGAGGAUGGCAACCUUGGAUAUCUGGAUUGCCUAUGGGCCAACCGAGGCCACAUGUACCAUCCUGACAGGCGCUCUCCAAACAAAUAUCAAUACCGGAACGCAUUAUACCACUCGACUUGGUCAAAUUAUCCCACACUCUUCUGUCAUGCUAGUUGACCAGGAUAUGCAGCUGAUCAACGAGGUCGGCGUGGAAGGAGAAAUGUUUGCUGCGGGGCGGUGUCUUGCAAGUGGGUAUUGGGACGACGAGAAGUUAACCAAUGAAAAGUUCAUCUUGUACCGGGGUGAGAGAGCAUAUCGCACUGGUGAUAUGGCCAAAUGGGUGACUACAGAUUCGGGAUCUCGGGAGUUGGAAUUCCUUGGUCGAAGGGACAGGAUCACAAAGAUCCGUGGAUUUCUCGUCAACCUCGCACAGGAUGUUGAUGCCAAGGUUCUGCGGCUUGACAAUCGUCUAAGCUUUUCGUUCUCACUCCUCUUCAAUGGUCACCUAGUCUCGGUUGUUGGUCCGGGUACCAUCGACACAACUAGUCUACUCGCCAGGUGGAAGAUGAAUGCCCCAGUUUACAUGGUCCCCGACCACAUCCUGGUCCUGGAAUCUCUUCCGAUGAUGAACGGCAAGACUGAUGUCAAGGCAUUAAAAACGAUCAUCAAGGAAUCCAUUGGCUCAACAAUAGAGGACCCCAUAUCUGCUACUUCGACACUGAGUGAAGCUGUUAUGACAGCUUUAUCUCAAGUAGCGAAUAUUUUAAUUGAUCAAAUUGACGUCAAUCAAUCAGCAAUUAGCUAUGGAAUCAACUCCCUGGCUGCUAUCAAGGUAUCCUCGUUAUGUCGCCAGUACGGGUUUACAGUUCCCGUGCGGCACAUCCUCUUGGAGCCAUCUAUCCAAGCGUUGAUAGGUCUGUGUGACGAGCAGAGAUCGUAUGCCCCCAUGCAAGAGACCAGUCUACAGUGCCAGAAGGAAUCAAAGAUCACACCCCUUCAGAAGGCCCUCCUCUUAGCUACCAUGGACAAUCACGAGAUGAACUAUGUGCAACAGCUUUCUCAUUAUGCUACGGCUGAUAUCGAACGGGUCAAAAAGGCAUGGGAGGCUGUCUUCUCAGUUGAGCCCAUGUUCCGCACGUCUUUCAGCUGGUCAACGGAGGAACCUAUGCAGAAUGUGCAGCCACAAGCUUCGUUUGUUUGGCAAGAGAUAACGGUGAAAUCUCAACAUGAUAUUGAGGUGACGUUACAGGAAUUAAUUAGCCGUGCCGACCUGGGUAAUAAUUUUGCGACUUUGCACUACGAAGGCAGUGAGCUCAACAGAGGCCAAAGCACAGUGGUGUGGACUGUACAUCACGCCUUAGUCGACGGAUUUUCGGCGUCCUUGAUUUUCCAGAAAGUGGAUGCUGCCCUUGAAGGCAGACCCUUUGAGAGCUCUCUCCCGUUCACUGUCGCGGCAAGAGAUAUGGAGCACCUACGGCGUGCAAUACGUACAGAGAUUCAGGAAUUUUGGAGUGAUCGUGAGCCACUCAUACCUGAUGCAUGCGGCGACAUAGCAUCUCCGAACACCAGUUUGCUUAGCCCCCGUCAAUCAGGUCAUGCUCAGAUUUCUGUAUCCGAGAGUGUAGAUCGGGCAAAAGUCAUAGAAUACGCCUGCGCUGUGAAUGUUACCCCAGCGGCCAUAUUUAAUGCUGCAUGGAUACUGCUUCUCACAACCUACACCAAUUCGGACACAAUCGUGUACGGAAGUGUCUUCUCAGGCCGCAAUCUUCCCUUCGCAUGGGCAGACACCAUGAUAGGCCCGUUGAUCCAAACUUUACCUGUCCUUGUUCAGGUUGACAGGUCCUCAUCUACCGAAACGUUUUUACAGCAGAUUCAUCGUGAAAUUCAAGGCCUGGCUAGCAUACACGUUUCGGAAAUUCCAUCAAACAUACCAGCAUUCUCCACCACCGUUGCCGUUCAAGAUGGCGGGCUGAGGAAAGGAACGACCGCCAUAAAGUGCCUCCAAGAUCCGUCAUUCCAAAAUACUGCAAACAUCCCUCUCAACCUAGUGAUAGACCCAGAUGAAGGUAUCCGCCUCUUCUAUAGGACUGAUAGGUUCUCACCAAGUCAAGUGCAAGACAUGGCAGAUAUCUAUGGUAGCAUCUUACACUCCCUGUUUCACAGCCGGUCCUCCGUGCAGCAGUGUCUUGGCUUGAAGUUCCCCCCGCACAUGCGCGAGAAGAUAUUGACAGCCGGAAACUGUAACUCGACUGCCAGCUUUACACGCAGUUCGGGUCAAACCAUUAGCAGUCUGUUCCAAUAUUCUACGUGGCACAAUGCUUCAGAAAUCUCCAUUCAAGCAGCGGGGAAGACUUUGACAUACACUCAACUGGCUGACCGUGUGGAUAAAAUUGCGAGCGUCAUCGCCUUGCUCGUCCCCGCUGGUGCAGUUAUUGCAGUUUUGGCAGACCGAUCCAGCAACUGGAUUGUCGGAAUGCUCGCCGCGAUGCAAGCCAACACGGUUUAUUUUUCGGUGGACGCAUCGUACCCUGAGGAAUAUCGUGCUCAGCUCCUUGAACGCAGCGGUGCCCAAGUUCUAUUACUUCCCAAUACUUCGCAAAUGGAAAAGACAGGGCCAAAUGGUCCACUCACACUAGCGAUAGACCAUCUUCUGAACCAAAGAAUUAAGCCAGCGGAUUGCCAACCUAGGUUACCACAUCCUAGCUCUACGGCUUAUCUUUGUUUCACUUCCGGGUCCACUGGCCAGCCCAAAGGAGUGCUGUGUAGGCAUCGGGGCGUUGUCGCCCUGUAUUCCUCCGCGCCCGCUCGACCCACAAGCCGUCCUGGCACACGAAUCGGUCAGAUGCUCUCUCCAGGAUUUGAUGGCUGUAUCCACGAGAUUCUCUCGACCCUCUGUUUUGGGGGUACUUUGGUACUACCCCGAGGAAAGGACGAUAAAUUCUCUCACCUGUCAGAUGUGGAUGUAGCAACACUCACCCCUUCCCUCGCCGCAGAGUUGAACCCACGAGACUAUCCUAACUUGAAAUCGAUUCACUUCGGCGGAGAACCUGUGCCAGAUGCGUUGGUCGAACGAUGGGCUUCAGGCAGAGAGCUUUAUAAUAUUUAUGGACCCACAGAAGCUUCCCUGCUGGUGUGUCAUCAUCGUUUGAAGCCUGGCAUUCCAGUUACUCUCGGACGCCCUUUGCCAUCAGCCCGCAUAUACGUUCUCAACAAUCACCUCGAGUUGCAACCUACACUGACGAUCGGAGAAAUAUAUAUCGCUGGGGUUCAGAUAUCCCGCGGGUAUCUUGGAAUGGAAAAGAAGACGUCUGAAGAAAUUGUACCUGAUCCAUUCUGCAUGGGCUCUGACCAAGAAAUGAUGUAUCGCUCCGGGGACAUUGGCUUCAUGGAUGAGCGUGGAAACCUGCAUUGCUGUGGUCGAGAUGAUCGGCAGGUUAAACUUCGAGGAUACCGUAUCAACUUGGACGACAUCCCAGCAGUCGUUUACCGGACGAUGUGCUCGGUCUCCAAGGCCGUCGCAGUCACAGAGAACGGCGCUGUUGUGCUCUGGGUUGAGCCAGAAAUCGAUACAGAGUCAUUGAGACGUCAGCUGGCCAUAGCGCUGCCACCUCAUUCGGCCCCUAAAAGCGUUUACUCCAUGACAAAGCUGCCCCGAACCAAAAAUGGUAAAAUUGAUAUUAAGGGUCUUGUCUCAAAGAAUAACGUCGACCUCGCUCCCAAGCCAAGUCAGCCUUUGAAUUCUCUCGAGGAGACCCUCGCAGGCAUCUGGAGACAAUUGUUGACGUUGGACUCCAAGAGGCAAAUAUCAAACGCAGAUGACUUUGCCAUCCUCGGUGGUCAUUCUCUCCUCCAACUUGCCCUGGCUGCUCGCAUCAAGAGCCUUUUCAACAUCCCAAUCACCGUGAAAGAUAUCAUCUCCGCAUCAACGCUCCGAGAUCUAGCCCGUCUUAUUCAGACUGAGGGCGAGUCACAGCUGGACGGCACACCACUGGUAUUACCGGAAGCUCAAGUUCAGCCACUUGGUCCAGAGACUCCUUCAUCAGCAGAGGUCGAAUGGAUACAUCGUUACAAACAUUCAGAGACAACAUCGAGCUUCAAUGUACCUUACUUUGCGGAGCUCUCGACUGAUGUUGACAUCCAAAAGCUGGCGUCUGCACUCCAGAUAGUCUUUAAUCGCCAUCGAAUUUUGCGUUCCAGGUUUACAACUCGGGAGGAUAAGACCCUUCGUUCAAUCACAAGCGACUCGAUCACCGUGCCUGUCGUAGGAAAUGUUGACGUCAGAGAGUAUAUCAACAUACCCUUCAGUCUUGACAAAGAAAGCCCUAUCCGCGCCGUGGUUUCCCCAAAUCAGCUCGUCAUUUGCGCCUCGCAUGUUGUGUGUGACUUGACUUCAUUCAAUGUGAUCCUGCGCGAAACCGCCGCUGUAUACUACGGUCAGAAAUUGGAGCCCGUUAGGCGCGAGUACUUCGACAGCACAGCCUGGAACCAACCUGUUGGCAAUGAUAGAUUGUCCUUUUGGUGUGAUUAUUUGAAGGGCCUUCCUGUCACAGACGCUUCGGCUCCAGAUACUUCAACCGAAAAUCCAGCGUGCCGAUCCUACCGCGGAGAGUCUGUGUUCCAGGCGAUUCCGCCCCCAUUAUACAAAAGCCUUCUCGCUAUCUCUUCCCUCAAAGGAACCACACUGCAUCAAUUUGGCUUGGCAGUAGUAGGUAUCGUUCUUCAGACUAUUUGUGACCGACAUGAUGUACUCCUCGGGUCUCCAUACAUGAACCGCUCUGACCCAAAGGACAUGGAAGUGGUCGGCUUGUUUCUUCAGCCUUUGCCUGUUAGAAUACUGCUGGAAAAGCCGGAUUCUACAACUGAGAACGCCCUUGAAGAAGUUCGAUCGUCAUCUCAGUCUGCGCUGGCAAAUGCCAUUCCCUGGCCUUCGCUGCUGGAUCACCUAGGACUACCAUUCCCAAGCCAUCAAACUCUCAGGCAAAGACAUCAACAACCCUUAUUCGACUGCGUGGUCACUUUCCACGACCAACGGACACGUGGUAACAUCGAAAAUUUCUUCCCUAUCAAGGGAGUGAAGCCAGUCCAAAUUUCCGCAGAAGGCUCGAAGUUCUCAUGUCUCUUCGAAUGGCAGGCCGAUGAUUGCGGCUUAGGAAUUCGAUAUGAGUACGACACAGAUGCCUUGCCCACUACAUUUAUCAACGUGGUCAAAAGCUUAGUACUUCGCUGUCUAGAGCGCAUGUUGGAUAUAAAGGUCUUGAUGCGCGAUUUACGGUCAGAUAUUGAAGACGUGUUUGGGGCGGAAUGUCAGCGUCAAGGGCUGUUGAGAGCCGAUGCGCAGCGAAUGGGAAGAGCCUUCCUCAUGGGAGUGUAA